AUGAAUCACAUUUAACAAGACUUUAUUUAGAAAAUAAUGAAAUAAUAGUAGCAAGAGAGACAAUAAUAAGUUAAAUAGGAAGAGAAUGGUUAGAAGCAAAAUAUAUAAGUACAACAUUUCUCAUCAUUAACUUAGUAUUUGCAGAAAUAAUAACUUCUCUCCAUAAUUCAGAAAUGCCAAUAACAAUAAUAACCAAUUUAGCAAGCAACGUAUAAUAUGUAACUAGUGAUUUAGGAAGUUCCCUUCUUUAAUUGAAGUUUAAAAUUAAGUGACAUCAUACUUUUAGUAAAUAAUUCUCUAGAAGCAAAUAAUCAAUAUAAAUAAUGUAUUUGAUUAACAAUUGCCAUAUUUCUUAUAAAUUAUGGGGAAUUUAAUAGUCUACGGACUUGAAAAUUCUCCAGGAGAUAAGGAAAUUGUGUAAGAGAUUAUAGCAUAAUAUAAAUCCAAUCCUCUUAAAAUUACAAUGAGUUGUUCUCUAUUUUAGACUAUAGGGCUCUUGUUUCGUUCCUAAUUAGUGUAUUAUGACUAAUGUAAUGAGUAAAUAAUAAUAAAAGGUACGAAAUAUCUUUCAAAUUUUUUGUUGUUCCGUGACGAAUUUUGUGACAUCUUCUUUAAUACUUUAUACAGUUACCAAAUUACUCAUGGUUAAACGUUUAGUCAAUAGAUUGGAUUUACGUAGAUCCACCAAAUGAUCUUAAAAACUUAAGAAGAUGUGUGGACAGCAUUUAUAUUUAAAAUGAUGAGUUAAUAAUAAUAGAAAAUGACUAAAGAAAUGUUUUUAUUACAGUUCAAUUAGUACACUGUAUCUAUGAAUAAUUUCUUUGCUAAGAGUAAUCUCAUCAUGGAUUUAGUUGGUUAGAGUGUUAAAUAAAUCUCAAAAUUGCAUAAUGAUCAAAUAUUUUAGGAAGUAAAUUAAUCAACUAAAAAUAGUUUUUGCUGAUUAUGGGUAGCUUUAAGGCUACGACUUAAGAUUUUUUAAAGAAAGCCACUUAGGUAUUCUUCGAAGAAUCAAAUGAUCUAGAUUUAUUGUAAUUUAGCAGUAACAUCAUAAAAGUUCAUAAGCAAAUGAAUUGUCAAAUCUUAUUUAUUUUACCAAUGUUAUUUUAACUGGAGAGUUAAUACCUAGAUCAUCUUGUAUAGAAUGGAAUUUAAGAUUAAUAACCAGUUAAGAAUAGUUCAAAUUAUUAUUUAAAGAUGAUAGAGAAAUUAAAAAAUAAAUGUGUUUAUAAUGGAGAAGAAGAAUGCAAUUGCAAGAAAUGCUAAUGGUAUCUAAUUCUUUAGAUUAGGUAGUAUAAGAAGGAAUAGAAAUUCAGCAAAAGAGUCUUAAAAAAAGAAAAGAGAAGCAUUAGAAAAAAUAGGUCCUUUAUAAGAUGAAUAUGAUAAAAUUAAAAAGAAAGUAGAAAUAUUACAUUAUAAUAUUUAGGUUUAAUCACUUGAAAAAGAAAACUAAGUUAUUACAAAGUUAUUACUAGAUGUAUUUAGACACCCAUCUCUGGAAAAAUUGGCAUCUUAAUUCAUUGAGCCUCUCACUAAAAUCAUAGCUGAUCAAGAUUUCUAUAAUAUUGACGAAUGUUGA